UAUGGAUAAGGAACAUGCGAUUCUACACGAGCGUUUCUCUGUACCUACUCCUUGUCACGGCAGUACUCGUGGAGCACGUGGCCACCAUCCAGUGGCUAGCCCUAGCAAAGUCCUCUAUAGUUUGGAAUAAGCGAUCUAAGUGUGUUCAAGCCCGGAAACAAGGCCUUAUUGAACGAGGCAUACAGUGUAAGAUUUGCAAACACGAACUGGAGAUCAUGCCUCACGUCGCGAUAGCAUCUCAGGUUGCCAUGACAACCUGUCAACAAACGUUUGCUCACAGAAGGUGGAAUUGUUCAUCCAUCACGAAGGCUCCAAACUACACUCCUGAUCUGACGUCAGGUACAGCAUGA